AUGAUGUCCGAUCUUCCAAGGGAAUUGGCAGAGGAUGUGAUCAUAAGGCUUCCGAUGACAUCUAUGAGAGCAGUGCGGUCUGUUUGCAAAGAGUGGAACACUUUAUCCAAGGAUAGCUUCUUUACGAAGAAACACAUUGCUCAAGCAAAAGCUGCAGCAGCAGAGGAGUUUAAGGUGGUCAUGGUGAUGGAUUUUAAGGUAUAUUUGACGAAUCUCAAUCUCCAUGGAAUUCACAAGGGCGUUGACCCAACUAUAAGCCGUCAAGGUAAACUUAUUAGCCUAGACGAUUCGAAUCAAGUCGAUAUAUCUAGAGUUUAUCACUGCGACGGUUUAGUCUUAUGCAUCACAAAAGACUUGACUAGGCUCGUUGUUUGGAAUCCGUAUUGGGGUCAAACCUUGUGGGUCAAGCCCGGAAGACUUCACCAAAGUCCGAACAUGUAUAAGUAUGCUAUUGGAUACGAGAAUAGCAAAUCAGGCCGAAGCUACAAGAUUUUGAGACAUGCUGAAUCUAAGAGUCUUGUCGAGUACAGUAUCUACGAGUUAAACUCUAACUCAUGGAGGGACGUUGUUGAUGUUACUUGCGACCUGUAUAUACAUUUUUAUGCACGUGGCGUUUCUCUCAAAGGAAAUACUUAUUGGUUUGGUGUAGUCAAGUAUCAAGAACGUAUAUCGGUAGAGAUCCAUGGAUUUUUGAUCUGUUUUGAUUUUACAAGAGAGAGGUUUGGACCGCGUCUUCGUCUGCCGUUUAUCCCUUAUCAAGAAGAUACCGUGACUCUUUCUAGUGUUAGAGAAGAGCAACUUGCUGUCUUGUUUCAGCGCUGGGACAGUUUACAGAUGGAGAUUUGGGUUACGGUUAAGAUUGAACCAGAAGUGGUGUUGUGGAACAAGGUGUUCUUACGUGUUGAUAUGGAACCACUCACUGGUUUUCAGUUUGGAGUUACAGAAGGGAGUUUCUUCAUUGACCAAGACAAGAAAGUCGCUGUAGUUUUUGAUAAAGAUAAAGAUAAAGACAAUGACGAGGUGAAGACGACUCCCCGUCGCAACACAGCUUAUAUCAUUGGAGAGGGUGGAUAUUUCAGAGAAGUGGAUCUUGGAGAAACUUCAGAAAUUCAUGAUUGCCCACUUGGAUGCUCAUAUGUUCCAAACUCAAUGCUGAUCAAGCAAAGAGGCAAAAGGAAAAAGAAUCUGAUUAUUUACUAGUCCA